CAUUUUCUGUGUUCCCUGAGCCUUAUUACUAAUCUUUUUGUCUUCCUUCAACAGACCACGUGCGGGAGUUCUCAUGUGGGCGUCUGUUCUACCGCACCUUCCACAUGGACGAGGCCCGGGACACCCUCUACGUCGGUGCCAUGGAUAAGGUGUUGAGAGUGAACAUGAACAACGUGACGCAGACCAACUGUGAGACUGACACGAUGACCCUUGAGCCUACGAGGGUAUCCAGCUGCCUUUCCCGCGGCAAGUCCGAGCACUACGACUGCCGCAACCACAUCCGCGUCAUCCAGCCCAUGUCUAACAAUCGCCUCUACAUCUGCGGCACCAACGCCCACAACCCGAAAGACUGGAUCAUAUACAGCAACCUGACACACUUGGCCCGCCGCGAACACGUCCCGGGCAUCGGUAACGGCGUGGCACGGUGUCCCUUCGACCCGUCAGACAACAGCACAGCUGUGUGGGUGGAGCGCGGCAACCCAGGGGGACUUCCUGGACUAUACUCGGGGACGGUGGCCGAGUUCACCAAGGCAGACACUGUGAUCUUCCGGGCAGAUCUCUUCAACUACACGACCAAGAGGCGCGAGUACCCCUUCAAGAGAACCAUCAAAUAUGACUCAAAAUGGCUAGACAAGCCCAACUUCGUGGGUUCAUAUGAGGUCGGCGAGUACGUGAUGUUCUUCUUCCGAGAGACGGCUGUCGAGUACAUCAACUGCGGCAAGAAUGUGUACUCCCGCGUGGCCCGGGUGUGCAAGAAGGACACCGGCGGCAAGAACAUCCUCACGCAAAACUGGGCAACCUACCUCAAGGCGCGGCUCAACUGCUCCAUUCCCGGAGAAUUUCCUUUCUACUUCAAUGAAAUACAGUCUGUUUACAAGAUCCCUGGCGAUGACUCGCGCUUCUAUGCAGUCUUCACUACCAGUAUGAAUGGCCUAAUGGGCUCGGCAAUCUGCACCUUCAGCCUUGAUGACAUCCAGGACGCCUUCCUCGGCCGCUUCAAGGAACAAGCCACCUCCUCGUCUGCCUGGCUGCCUGUCCUCAUCUCCAAGGUACCUGAGCCACGGCCUGGACAGUGCGUCAACGACACCCAGACUCUGCCAGAUAAUGUGUUGACAUUCCUGCAGUCUCAUCCACUCAUGGAUGAGGCCGUUGCCCAUGAGCACAACAAACCAGUUUUCUACAAGCGGGAUUUGAUCUUCACACACUUAGUGGUGGACAAGGUGACAGGCGGAACCUAUGGCCAAGAGAACAUCUACACUGUGUAUUAUGCAGGAUCAUUGGAAGGGCGCGUCUACAAGGUGGUGGAGUGGAUGGAUGAGAAUGGAGAGUCGCGCUCUGAGUUACUGGAUGUGUAUGAAGUGACCACCCCAGAGCCCAUCAGAGCCAUUCAGAUCUCCAGAAAGCACAAGUCUCUGUAUGUGUCAUCCGAUGUGCGAGUGCGCCAAGUGGACCUCUUCAUGUGCCAUGGCCGAUAUGACAACUGCCUGCGCUGUUCCCAUGACCCCUACUGUGGCUGGGACAAGGAUGCCAACAUGUGCAAGCCUUACAAACCCGGGCUGCUUCAAGAUGUGACUGGCUCAACUCCUGGUUUGUGUGACGCCUGCAUUGCCAAGAAGAAGAUGGUGGUGACGUGGGGCCAGAGCAUCCACCUGGGCUGUGCUGUCAAGCUGCCACGGCCCAUCUCCCUCAAGGACAUCACAUGGCAUCACUACUCAAAGGACAAGGGAAAAUACCAGAUCAGAUACAGGCCUGACAAGUACAUAGAGACUUCAGAACAUGGCCUGGUUGUCAUGAAUGUGAAUGAGGCCGAUGCUGGCAGAUACGACUGCAAGAUGGGUGGAGACAUUGUGUGUUCGUAUAACAUCACUGUGGAUGCCCACCGCUGCUCAGCCCCAGCAAGAACCAAUGACUUUCAGAAGGUGUAUAGCGACUGGUGUCAUGAGUUUGAGAAGUACAAGUUAGCCAUGAAGACUUGGGAAAGGAAGCAAGCUCAAUGUGCCAGUAGGAACAACAUCAGCCACCAGAACAGCCAUCCCAAUGACAUUUAUGCAAGGAGUAACCCAUUCGUCUGAUCACUUUAGAUAAGACGAGACUGAAACAACAACAACAAAAACAACAACAGAUGAAGUAGGGAAGGGAGGGGGCAUAAGUGCUCCCUUUCCUAUUGGUGGUCAAGAUUUUGCCUGUAUUGACAGUGAAGAUUCUGUCAUGUGUCAUCAGAAGUAUGUGGCUUUGGAAAACAGAUCAAUAUAUGUUACACUGAAGAAGGAUUCUAAUUAAGGUAGUGGGUAGAAAAGACAUUGGAAGAGAGGAAAGCUAUAAGACACUGAGCUUCAGUGACUUCCAACAGUGUAACAAGAACUUGGUGACUGAUCAGUGUGACGAGAAUUUGUAGCUGGUUAAUGAGGGUGCCACUAGCAGAAAGGUGCUACUAUGUACUGUUAGGUGCCAGCGACAGUGUGUGUGCAUAACGACAACAGCCAAGCAUUGAGAAGUUGAAAAAAGUGACCAGAACAAAUGAAAGAAAAGAGCAGGCAACUUGACUUGACCCAAACACUCCAGUUAAACAAUCAGGGUACCAUUAGUUAACAAUGUACUAAUUUUUUGUUUCCGCACCUGACAGAGUUUUUGAAGGUGAAAAAAAAUCGUUUCUUACUAUUUUCUUGCUCCUGGACAAUCGACUGACUAUGGGCAUUACAGGAUUUGCACUUCAUAAAGCUUGAGCGAGCAGUGAUUCCUUGGACAUAAUGAAUUGGUGCCGCCAAGGAGUGGACUUUAAAAUAUGAACAGCUGAGCAUGUCUCUAAAACAAGUCUUUAGUCUCCUAAUAUUCUGCUGUAACAAAGAUUGGCUUCAUUAAAGUCCUGAGAGAGAUGGCUAUGAUGCAUUUCACAGCAAGAAGGUUCCUGUGUUGUGUGGCGUUUGGUUGGCGUUGUCUCUGCUGGGGUAUAGUUGUUUGUUUUCCGUAUUGGAAGUAAAAGGAGAAUUAACGGAUCUAUAGUUCUGUUACUAUGCUCUCAAUUAGCCUUAUCACACAGAGUGCUGUUUAUCUGUCUAUCUAUAUCUGUAUUUGUCUAUUACUGUUUAUAUCUGUAUCUAUCCAUCUUUAGAUAGAUAGAUAGAUAUAGGUAUGUAGAUUGAUAGGUAAACCUAUCUAUCUGUAUCUCUGAUGCCAUGUUCCCUCAUGGGAACUUCCCUGAAAGGGGUGGGCACUGCAAAAGUCUCCAAUUUUCCUUGUUCUGGUACUCCCUCUCCUCACAUUCAACCCUUUGCCUGCCAAUUCUCUGACUCCAAUACUCCAUCCAGUCUUGCUCCAUCAGGUAGACAGAUAGACUGAUAAGUCUCUGGUUACAUGAUGCUGGCUUUCAUUGUUUUCCAUAUUCUACUGUUUUGUUAAGCAUAUGCUAAACUACCUCUGCCUUUUUCCUUAUUGUUAGAGAAAUGUAACAGACUUAUUAUUAUAACAUGUAUCAGGAAGACUCCAUCCACGUACAUCCAUACGUAGCCAGUCCUGGAGGAAGGUGGGAACAGGAUCACUGGAAGGGAAGAAAGCAUAAUGUACCCAACGCAUGUCUGACAAUAUUAAUGGGAAUUUCAUCAAUGUCUGUGGGCAAGAGGGUGUGGUGUUAUGAAAGGAAGACUGAGGAAUUAUAUUAGACUGCUUGGAGUAAGAAUAGUGACAUGUGGACAAAUUCUUCUUUUAUACAGCUAAUUUUUAGGACUUGUAAUAUACACACAAUACAUGGUGGGACGUUCUCUCGAGGUGAUUGACUAAAUGGUGUGUUAGUUCAAGUUAUAUUCUUGCAGCAGUUAGGGAAUACAAUCACCUGAGACCUUUCUUUAUUUAGUGAUGUAAAUUACCUUGCAUACUUGUAAAAAAAAAAAAGUCCACCUUCAGAGGCUAGAAUUCUAUCUGCCUCCUCUGACAUCAGAUCCUUGGAACUCCCUCAGAGGGGUGGCUGACCUUGGCAGAAAAGUCUCCAUUUGCUCCUAUCCAUACACCUCAUCCUUGCACACUCCAGUCCUCUCAUUCUUCUAUCCCCUCUUUCUUUAAAAUGAUGAUAUGCUUGACUGAGGAGUAAACCCCCUCAGAGUAGCAGUACUAGUGGGUUUAGUAAUAGAAAAGUAACAUUAUGUAAAACUCAUCCCCUAAACUUGGUUAUUAAAGGAAACUACUGAAAAAAUGUUUCACUAAGGAGUGCAUUAGAGCUCUCAAGAAUAGUAGUUGCAGCAGCAGUAGUAGUAGUAGUAGUAGUAGUAGUAGUAGUAGUAGCAUCCACACCAAGGUCCCCCUCUCCUUAAACUUGGCCUUAAAAAAGAAAUUCAUUCAAGAAAUCAGGACUUCACAUGAGCAUGCAAAGUACUUUACCCGGAAAGUUAUAUUUUGAGUAGACAAGGGUAUGCAAGGAAUUACUAUACGUAGUGGUGAUAGCCGAUCUAGGCUCCAGCCCCUUCUGAGAACGUCCCAUUCUACAUGCCGAUCCACGCUGACAUUUUCGUUUUCUGUCCUGUGAUACGCGCCAAUUUUGUAAGACUCCUAACGUAACUAUGAUAAUGGUAUAUUGCUCCUUAUAAGCAGGUUGUGGUCCGUCCCAGCAUCUCUGCCAAGAAUAGCGCUCACACUACAGCAGCAGCUUCCUCAUGACUGUAACUUUGAGCUUUGUUACAACACUUCCUCUUGUCUUAUUUUCAACCCACUGUGAAAAAGAACGUAAUCAAAUAAUAGGGACUUUCAAUGGCUGUUUUGUUUGGAGCUAGUGACUUGGUUUCUAGCAGAAGGUACUGAAAUGUACAGUGUUGCCUUCUACAUUGAACCAGUUCUUAGAAUCCCCCACUGAUUGAUAGGUAUGGAGGAAUCAGUGAUGCAGCUGUCCAUUUCAUGUUGCUGCCACAAUUGGGAAGUUAAAGCAGUGGUUCUCAGGACACAUUCUUCUUCAGGCCGCCUAAAAGUCAUCCCCUAUAUUGAAUCAUUAUCCAGUAUUUAUUGUAAAUGUACUUUUUUUUAUCAGUAUUUACUGAAACAAGUCUGAACAAGUGUAGAAGAUUUGAUUGUGCUAGUGCAUAACUGUUCUUACAAAGAGACCAACUGGCAUUCGCUUAGCUGUCUGUGCAUCAUCCUCUAAGUUUACUUAGCUGUCAAUAGAAUCUUCAAGUUGACCUUGCUGUCUGCACAAUCUUCAGUUAUUCUUAAUCUCCAAAAUCUUUAAUUUUACUUAGCUGUGGACAUAUUUUUAAUCUUACUUUACAUUCUGUAUGCUCUUCAAUUUCUCCCGUUUCAAAAUUCCUCCCCUGGAAGCCAAGAGGGCCUUUGUUGAAUAUUAUUGGUUUAUCCACUCAGCAUUAAUGAGGAGGAAGCACUUGAUCAAGACGGUUGAAGAACAGUCAUCAAACAUGUGACCUCAUAUUAUGAAAAAGAUUAUUAUUGACAAAAAUCAGAUCAUGACUAAGUAAAGGAGUGAGGCUGCUGCUGUAGGGCGAGGAUUAUUUCCGACAGGCUGGCUGGGGCAGGCUAUAAUGACACUUCUCUGGUGUGAUUAUUGAAUUACAAAUAUGUGUGUACAUGGUGUUCAUUUCAUUAGGAUGCGUCAAUCAGUUUAUGUACGAUGACCUGCUUUAUUUCCCAUCUUGAUCAAUGUAUCUAAGUUCAGAGUCAACAAAAUAUAUCAAGACUUUGGAUUUCCUUAAUGGAGUCUGCACCACAAGUCCCUGUCUGGGCUACAAACAGGUCAGUGAUGUUAUGUAAGUAGAUGCUCUAAUACCAUCCAUGGAUGCUGCGUGCACUGAAUAUAAACUGCACUGGCAUUGUUGGUCUCUCUAGCAAGGUGACCAGUACUUUAUUAUGCUUGCUUAGGUUGUGAAUGGUUGGCUGCAGACUGAACGUGUGCAACUAAUGGCUUUCAGGCCACCUGGAUGCCUGCCAUUAUGUGUUAAGUAACUUUGCUUUUAUCAGUAAAGUUAAUGCAGUAUUCUUAAUUUAAAUUCAUGUUAUGCAAGGUUUUCAUCUGCAGCUGUACUUUCUCGUUUAACUUUAUCUAAAAUUAAGUUAGAUUUUCUCAUUGGUUUAGACUUUUAGUUAUUCAAUCACUCAACUUUUAUUUUUUAUUAAGUAUUAAUUGAUUUCAAAAUAUUUGUUUGUUUCAUUACAUGAAAAUUGAGGUUUAAAUAAAUACUUGCUUGUAAGCUAUGAUCUAGGAAUUUGUAAUGUGAAAUAUUCCUGUACAAUAAAAAAUUCUUUUGUAA